UUUUGUGUGGUGUUAGUUAAUUUAUCUGUAUCUCAGAAUAGCAUUUACUGGCUUUUUCUCCCUUUACAUAUGUGUUAAAAAAUGUGGUUUGAUGUUUUCGAAAUAAAUAUAAAUCUGUUUCAGUGCAUGAGUUGGAGUAGGAUGGAGAAUGUAAGACAUCCCCACCCACAUUCCUGAUAGAUAUUAUUAUUGGAUACAAGGUCAUAGUUAUUCUUUCUAGUCUACCUCCAUUUAUUACCUUUGUCUUUUGCAUCCAUUCCUUCUCCAUCCACUCAAUGCUGUUUGCCUUCCCCCCUCUACUAUCACCUUUUACCACUUAAUUAACAGCUUUUCAUCGUUCACUCUCUUUCUCUCUCUUUCUCUCUCACUAUAUCUGUUUGUCGCUCUCCCCUUGUUCCUCUUUUUAAUUAGGGUUUCCUCUUUAGGAGUGCUUCAUCCAUUAGCAAUUCUGAGGCUUAUACCUCUCCUUGGCUUAGGCUACUUUGUCUCGGGAGGAAAAAAGAGAACAGCUUCCGAAGGACCUCCAACAAGGGAAAAAAGGUACUUCCCUUUUAGUUCAUCUAUUACCAAAGAAACCUACAUCAAAAACAGCUGAGUUAAUUCUUCAGCAGAAGAAAGAUUUAUAAAGAUAAAGUGUUCUUAUCUCCGCCAGUUGCAGGCAAAUGGCAUCAUCCAGCACCUACAAUUCUCCAUGUGCUGCCUGCAAAUUCUUGAGGAGGAAAUGCAUGCCAGGAUGCAUCUUUGCGCCUUACUUCCCACCCGAAGAGCCUCAGAAAUUCGCCAACGUCCACAAAAUAUUUGGUGCUAGCAAUGUGACCAAACUCCUGAACGAACUCCUCCCUCAGCAGAGGGAGGAUGCAGUGAACUCACUCGCAUAUGAAGCAGAGGCACGCGUGAGGGACCCAGUUUAUGGCUGCGUAGGAGCCAUCUCUUUCCUGCAGAGACAAGUUCAAAGGCUCCAAAAGGAGCUUGAUGCUGCAAACGCUGAUCUGCUACGCUACUCUUACACUGACAUCCCUCCAGCAUCUCUUUCUGUGCCACCAGGACUUGCUGCAUUUCAACAUGUGCCCCAAAGGCAGUUUACUGCAAGAUUUGGUAACGAAGGAACUGGGUUCUAUCGGCAAUCUACUACUACUGCUUAUUCCUUUCCUUAUGCCCUUCCUUGGACUGAUACCUCUUCGGAGGACAUCAGUGAGGGAGGAGGUGGAGGAGGUAAUUUGUGAAUUAAGAUUGCAGUAUUAACCCUUCUAGGGUUUAUACUUUUUGAGGCGUGGCCUGCAAUAUUCUGAUGGCGUGGUGAUAUUAUAUGUGUCUAUUAUGGACUCUUGGCUAUGUAGCCUUAGUUGGACUCUUCUAGCUAGGUGACUCUGAACCUCUACCGUGUCUCUUAAUUUUAUUUGUUGCCUUUUCUUUCCUAGAUGAUGACCGUGUAUUGUUUUAAACUUAUAUCCAGGGACUUAGGUAGUCUUUUCUUUAGAGUCUAAAUAAGUUGGUAGAACAUGCAUACUAAUGUAUGUGCCUACUAGACCUCUUAUUGGGUAUUGAUGCAACUCUACUAGGCAUGUGCAAUGUGAAGCGGAAUUGACAUGUUUCUCGCUCAUUAUUUGUCAUUCACAAUAAGUAUGCAUUAACAUUAGUAGGAUAUAAAGCCUAAUAACUCUACAUUCCAGCCUGUUUUCUCACUUUAAUUUUCUCUUAUUUGUGGACCACCUUUUUAAUAGGUUUUUUUUACUCUAAUUAGUAAUUAACCCAGUUUAUAUAGGUAAAGCUACUCACUAAUUCGAAUAUUGUUUUCCUCUCUUUAACUAUUCUCUUUGAGUUUACUUCACCAGCCUAGCUCUCAUAAUAAAAAU